UUGCCAUUCUUUCGCUAAGAUGCACGGUGCCUGAAUCGCUCUCGCCCUGUCUCAAUUUCAUCCUCCAGUGGCGCAGUUGCGUUGGACCUGUGAAGACAGGACGGUACUCGUGUGCUCUCUGCGUCAUCUCCAGUUGCAGAUCAAUGAGAACCUCGAGAAUGGCCAUCCAAGCAGCGAUGAAGGCCAGCAACCCGGCAUUUACUUCAGAAGAUAUCCUGACUCUAUUCACCAUGGACAAAAAGAAGCCCCGAUCUGCCUCUCUAGCCUCGAUACUGUCCGCCUUUGUGCCUACAUUGCUCACUGCGAUGCUGUUCAUUGCGGUGUUUGCAACCAUCAGACAUCGUUACCCGAAAAUCUACGCGCCCAGAACGUUCAUCUCCACGAUCCCAGAGAAGGAUCGUACACCCAAGGCUCGCCAGUCCUACUUCGACUGGGCUCAUACAUUGUGGACCAUCCCCGACAAAUUCAUCCUCUAUCACGAGUCCCUAGAUGCAUACCUCUUCCUCCGAUUCCUUCGAACCCUCAUAUUCAUCUGCGUCGUCGGGGUUUGCCUCACUUGGCCUAUUCUUCUACCGACCAAUGCCAGCGGCGGAGGGACAUCCACCGAACUGGACAAAAUAUCUAUCGGAAAUGUUUCUGACAAGAAGAAGCUCUAUGCCCACGCCAUACUGGCGUGGUUAUUCUUCUCUUUUGUCAUGUUCACCGUGGCCCGUGAGCGGCUAUGGCUGAUUGGUCUUCGUCAAGCUUGGAAUUCGGCCAAGUCCAACGCGAAGCGUCUGUCCUCUCGGACCGUCAUGUUUCUCUCUGCACCCCGAGAAGCAAUGGAGGAGGGUAACUUGCGUCGGCUUUUUGGCGAAGAUUCCGUACGGGUUUGGCCCGCGAAGUCGUCGGAGAAGCUCGAAUCCCUGGUGGCCGAAAGGGACUCGCUGAUCGAAAAGCUCGAAGUCGCAGAAAUAUCGCUAAUUCUCAAUGUGAACAAGAAGGGCAAAAAAGCAAGACGAGGCUCGAUAGGCAGAAUUGGCAAUGACCCGACGUACAAUAGUCUGCCCGACAGCUUCAAGCAAUCCUUGCGGCCAACACAUAGGCUGAAGACGCCGCCGGUUGGAAAGCAAGUCGACAGUAUCGAUUGGCUACGGCAACGCAUCAAGGAAAAGAACGCAAAAAUAGAUGAACUGCGGCAAUCCCAUGAUUCUAGAGAAGGUCACGGGGCCGAAGCCAUCUUUGUCGAAUUCUCAUCUCUUGCCGCGGCACAGAAAGCAUACCAGCAGGUUGCGUCCUCGGGAGUUUUUGCCUUGACCCCUAGAUUCACUGGGAUCCUUCCGUCAGAGGUCGUUUGGAAGAACCUUCGGCUGCCACCCGCUCGCCGUAUCUCGCAGGAUGGUGUCGCACUUACGCUCGUGAUUCUCACGAUUAUCUUCUGGUUUAUUCCAAUCGCCAUUGUGGGUGCGAUAUCCAACGUUAGUUACCUCGUGGACCAUGUCAAAUGGCUCAGAUUUUUGAACAACUUGCCUGAUGUGGUCAUGGGACUCUUGACGGGCCUUGUGCCGCCUCUCUUGACCAGUUUACUUAGCAAAUAUGUGCCGAACAUUUUCCGGUACAUUUUCAAGACGUUCGGGGACCCCACCAAUACAUCGACCGAGAUAAGGGUCUUGAAAUGGUACUACGUGUUUCAGGUGGUCCACGUCUUCCUGGUAACCGCCGUAGCUUCGGGAUCCGCCGCGGCGAUCCCUCAGAUUGUGAGUGAAGCGGCAGAGAAUCCUACAUCAGUGCCUAUGAUACUGGCCAAAAACCUCCCGACUUCGUCCAAUUUCUUCCUCACAUACUUCAUCGUUCAAGGCUUGACGAGCUCUUCGGACAAUCUGCUCAACUACUCUGACCUACUGUCCUAUCUGUUCUACGACCGCUUCUUCGACAAGACCCCUCGGCAGAAAUUCCAGAUAUUCACCAGCCUGACGGGAAUAGCAUGGGGCAAAGUCUUUCCUAAGUAUACCAACUUCGUCAUCAUCGCCAUCUCCUACUCGUGCAUUGCGCCCCUGGUCCUCGGGUUCGCCGCCGCCGGUCUCGCCAUGUUCUACGUCAGCUACCGGUACAUGCUGCUGUACACGGUGGAACCCAAAAUCGACACAAAGGGGCACUGCUACACGCUCGCUCUCCAACAGAUUCUAACAGGCGUGUACAUCGCCGAGCUCGCCCUCAUCGGGUUUUUCGGGCUGCGGAGCGCCACGGGACCGUCUGUCUUGUUGAUUAUCCUAUUGGUUGUGACUGUCCUCUAUGACCUCAUCAUGAACAAGUACCUAGCCCCGUUGGAGAAAUACAUCCCUGCCGAUGUAACAACGAGCCCGGAGAUCAGCGGCGACGGAGACGAACAAACACCCCUCCUCGCAUCAGCAGAAGAAGGAGAAGCUUCACCGCAGCAUUCUCAUAUCCGCUCCCUCGGCCACCGGGCCCACGUCCCGGAAAAGAUUCUUGAUCCCGUAGCGCGCUUCUUCCAACCGCAGAUCGCCACCUCGCACCGCGCCCUCAAGACGUGGCUCGCGCAAGACCCGUCCUUCGACGCCGACUCCGAUGUCCCCGAAUACAGCGAGGAGCAGUUGGAAAAGGCGUAUCUGAAUCCGGCGUUCUGGAGCGAGUGUCCCCUGGUGUGGCUUGCGAGGGAUGAGAUGGGAGUUAGCAAGGCCGAGGUGAGGGAGUGUGAGCGGGAGGGGUUGAGGGCGAGUGAUGAGGGGGCGUGGGUGGAUGAAAGGGGGAGGGUUAGGUGGAAUGAGGAGGGAGAAGAUGGGAGUGUGCCGGUUUUGGGAAAGCGGGUUCGAUGGUGAGUGGAAGGAGGGUGGUUGCAAUUGGAGAGAGGCUUUUCCCAUUGUUUGCGAUUGUGAGUUUGGAAGUGCGCUGGCAAUGCUAGCUUCAGGAGCGAUAGGAAUGGGUAUCAUGAGUACGUAUAUCUACCUUUAGUAUAUGUCCGGAGAAGGAAGACUUGUCGUUGAAAGAAGGUUACCCCUCCCCUGGAUCCAUUACCUAAUUAGCGGCCGUAGGGUCCUGCCCGCCGGGUCGAUAGUGCGGCUACGUCACAAUCACGGAUCGGCGCCGAGGUCGAGAUCGAGCAGUCGAUAUCUCGAUGCUUUGUGCAUCCACAUCUACAUUUUCGUAUCGAAUCCUCAAUCAUCAUCCAAUUUAUCCCCUUGCGCCAUGAGUAUACGGUAUGAGGAAGAAGGCGGAACAGGGCGCGGAUUUACGAGGAGCUGCAAGCAUGGAGGAAUAGAUUGAAUGUUGAUUUUGCUAACCAUCUGGGUAUUAAGCUCUCGAC